UCAAAGAAUUGAGUACUUUGAUCAAAAUCAAAAUUUGCCAAGUUGGCAGUCUGGAUGUUGAAGUUGCAAGUACUUCCAAUAACCAGUUGACUUCAGUAGACAUGAAGGUCGAUAGGAAAUUGGCAAAACUGCUUUUCUUUCGAGUAUAUUCCUACUUUUCCUCGAUUGCUGUCAGAUGGUAUCUUAGCUAGCAAUCCAUCGACUUAUUCAUCUUGAAUACUCUAUUAAGUUUUCACAAACUAUUCAAAGUUCAAACCAAAGAAAAAGGCUCAAGCUACAAAGAUGACGGGCGGAAGUGCAGGUAAACAUGUCAAUACCAUGAUGAAUAGCUUUGCUGUUAAAUUGACUUUUCUUCAGUUUGAAUGGAAUAAUCUUGAUUUGAAGAUAAACUACAUCUUGGUGUCCCAAGGUUACUUCAUGUUACUAGUAGAGGUGAUUUCACGUCCCAUUUGAUAAUCCUGACUUGUGCUGCAAGUAGGAUUGUCUAGCAGUCAAAUAUGCUACAAUCCUGUAAUCUUAUAUAGUUGGUCCUAGUAUAUUACGCGACAUGUCAUGUCAGUCGAUGCCGGAGAAAGCUCCUCUAGCCACGCAAAUUAACAUGACCCGGAGAAAAAGAUUCAAGCCAAAAUUGGACACUUUCCGGGAUAAUUCGGGAAAUAUUGCCUGGUGUAGCUAUGCGGUUGGAAAAUCCCGGGGGAAUCUGCUAGCUUAUUCCAAGAAGAAACACCAGUCAACAGAUUCUGCCUUCAACUAAUAAGUACCCUAUACCUUUCAUCUUAAACCUUAUGAAACCAAAGCAAUUCUAACAGAUUCAAGCUGAGAAAAUAAAGAGGUUUCCAAAAUUUCCAAUUCCCAAAUCUUUCCAAUGGCCAUACUUGAUCAUUCUACAGUCCAAAGCCAGAACCAAAACCAAAACCAAACCCAAACCCAAGAUGCUACCAUUCAAGGAACUCAUGAAGUAACUGUGGUCAUGGUUCCCUUUCCAGCACAAGGUCAUCUCAACCAACUCCUCCAUCUAUCCCGCCUCAUCUCCUCCUAUAAUAUACCCGUUCACUACGUUAGCACGGCCACUCAUACUCGUCAGGCAAAGUUUCGCGUCCAAGGUUGGGAUCCUCUUGCCAUUUCCAACAUCCAUUUCCAUGAAUUUUCAGUCCCUUCUUAUGAAAACCCUCCUCCCAACCCAAAUGCCCCAACAAAAUUUCCCACACAACUCAUCCCAGCAACACAUGCAUCGUUCAAACUCCGCGAGCCAGUUUAUGCACUUCUGCAACAACUUUCAACCACAACCAGGAGAUUGGUAGUGAUUCAUGACUCUCUCUUUCCAUAUGUCAUACAGGAUGUGGGUUUAAUCCCGAAUGCAGAGUCCUACUGCUUUGAGAGCAUCUCAACCUUCACUAUCUACACAAUUGUUUGGGAAGAUGAAGGGAAACCUGGACUAUCCGAGCCUGAACUACUCGAAUUACUUGAAGAUAUUCCGUCACUGGAAAGUUGCUUCCACCCAGCGCUGAUAGACCUUGAAAAUUUGCAAAAGAACACCAAGCCAAUCAGCUCUGGCGACCUAUAUAAUACAUGUAGAGCUAUCGAGGGUCCAUACCUUGAUCUCCUUGCAAAAGCCAAAACAACCGAUUCCAACAAGCAAUGGGCUAUUGGUCCAUUCAAUCCAGUUGAGACAAACGACCAGAAAAACUCGAAAAAGAGACACUAUUGCCUGGAUUGGCUUGACAAACAAGCCACAAACUCAGUCAUUUUCGUUUCCUUUGGUUCAACAACUUCACUAUCAGACGAAGAAGCCGAGGAGAUCGCAAGUGGAUUAGAGCAAAGCGGGCAAAAAUUCAUAUGGGUACUCAGGGAUGCAGAUAAAGGAGAUGUCUUCCAGGGAGAAGUUAGGAGAGCUCGAUUGCCUGAAGGAUUCGAAGAGAGAACUGAAGGAAGAGGAAUAGUUGUGAGGGAUUGGGCCCCCCAACUGGAGAUUCUUGGACAUACAUCAACAGGUGGAUUCAUGAGUCAUUGCGGAUGGAACUCGUGCAUGGAAAGCAUUAGCAUGGGAGUACCCGUGGCUGCAUGGCCUAUGCAUUCUGACCAGCCCAGAAAUGCGGUACUGCUGGAAAAGGUGCUCAAGAUUGGCCUAUUAGUAAGGGAUUGGUCGAAGAAAGAUGAACUUGUGACAUCCAUGACUGUUGAAAACGCUGUGAGAAGACUAAUGGAUUCAGCCGAAGGAGAAAAGAUGAGGCAAACGGCAAAGGAACUGAGCAAAGCUGUGAAGGGUUCUGUUAUGGAAGGUGGUGCUAGUCGCUUGGAGAUGGAUUCUUUCAUUGCUCAUAUUCGGAGAUGAUUUUUUUUUUUUUUAGUCAUAUAUGUUUUUUGAUCAGGAGAAAUUGAUUUCAUUUGCCUCAAUAAAAUGUACCAUUUUAUGCCCAAAA